UGAAAGUAAAAAAAAAAACGCAAAAUUACAAAUUUAAGUCUUUUAUUAUUACUACAAGCUUCUUCAUCCGUCUUUGUUAAUUUUGGUACCCCCAAUCGUCUUCGUACUGCUGAAAUCUUUGCUCCUCAUCGGAAAUGGCGUUUCUACUCAACAACACUUUGAUUUCAUCUCAUCUCCGAUCUUCUUCCCAGAAAACGGAUGGUGCUUUGGUUCAAUCCCGUCGUGGGUUCCAUGUGGAGCUAGGUGCUCGCGAGAAAGCUCUCUUCGCUGAGGAUGCGUCUUUGAGGAGAUUCAAGUCGCAUAAGAAAGGAUUGCACAGAUUGAAGAGGGUUGGAGAUGUGCUCACUGUUGUCGUUAUUGCCGGUAUGGAAUGCUAUUUUCAUUAAGAGAUUAACUCUUACAGGGAGGUUCAUUAGGAGGAUCAGCAACUGUUGCAGCAAGAAAAUGUAUGAUGUCACUUGGUCGUGAUAAUGGUGAAAUUCAUGAAGGAUUACACGAAAUUCAGGAAGGAUUCUUAGAACUUCAUAAUGACCUUCAUAACAAGUUUAGAUUUUAGGAUGACUUUCAUAAAAAUUCUGGAUAUUGGUAAACACUAGGGUAACACAAAAUGAUACCAUUUCCCUUUACUAAUGGAGUUUUCUUUCUAUGUUUUACAUUUUUUUUUUAGUAAUGCUGAGUUUUUAUGUUGGACU